CCUGAUUCUCAAGAUGCCAGCAGCUACCUAAGCGGAUUCCUGGAGCUAGAUUAUAGCUACAAAUUGGGUUUCAUGAUUGUAAGCAUUCGGGUAGCAAGGAAACAACGGUUAUAAAUGAAGAGAGAGCAAACGUGGUGUCUUCUAAACUAAUUCCACAUUGCCAAUUCAGGAAGCAUGGCUGAAGCCAGUGAUAACUACAGGCUUAUAAACAUGGAAGGAAAUAAGCUCAGACAUUCACAGAGUUACCAAGAGACCUCUUCAGCAGAAAUAAAAAGAAUGCAAAAACGAUUUCUCCAGAAAGAUGGAACCUGCAAUGUGUACUUCAAACACAUCUUUGGGGAGUGGGAGAGCUAUGUGACUGAUAUUUUCACCACCUUAGUGGACAUCAAAUGGCGCCAUAUGUUUGUGAUCUUCUCUUUGUCUUACAUCCUUUCCUGGUUGUUCUUUGGCUUAGUAUUUUGGCUGAUUGCUCUCCAGCAUGGAGACUUAUCAUCUGAUGAUGAAAUAACCCCUUGUGUUGAUAAUGUCCACAGUUUUACUGGGGCUUUCUUAUUUUCCCUAGAAACCCAAACAACCAUCGGCUAUGGAUCCCGUUGCGUCACCGAAGAAUGCUCUGCAGCAAUUUUGACAGUUGUCCUACAGUCCGUCUUAAGCUGUAUCAUUGACACUUUCAUCAUUGGAGCCGCCUUGGCAAAAAUGGCCACGGCCCGAAAGCGAGCUCAGACAAUCCGCUUCAGCUACUAUGCCACGAUAGGUUUAAGAGAUGGCAAACUCUGCUUGAUGUGGCGUGUCGGUGAUUUCAGACCGAAUCAUAUGGUAGAAGGCACAGUGAGAGCCCAGCUCUUGCGAUAUGUGGAAGACAGAGUAGGGAGGAUGACAAUGGAAUACAAGGACUUGAAACUGUUCAAUGACCAGAUCAUCGUUGCUACUCCAGUGACAAUCGUACAUGAAAUUAACCAGGACAGUCCAUUGUAUGAUCUGGAUAGAAAAACUCUGGCUAAAGACAACUUUGAGAUUCUGGUUACGUUUGUCUACACUGGAGAUUCAACGGGAACCUCACAUCAGUCGAGGAGUUCCUAUGUACCUCGAGAAAUCCUUUGGGGGCACAGAUUCAAUGAUGUCUUGCAGAUGAAGAAGAAAUACUACAAAGUCAAUUGCCUCCAGUUUGAAGAAACCACUGAGGUUUAUGCACCCUAUUGCAGUGCCAAGCACCUAGACAAGAAGGAGCAAGAAUACACAACUUUUGAAAAAGUGAAAGACGGAGAACCUGGAACGUCAUCUUCAGGAGUCAGAAUCCGAUCAUUUAGCGCGGAUGCUUUCAUCGCUCAUUCCGAAAUGUUGGAAGAGUCAGCCCAAACAACUAAGCAAGCUAAUGCAGCGGAGCUACCCUAUGAAAAAGCUCUUGUGACUUUACGCAGAAUCUCAAUGGAAUCCCAGAUCUAGAAAUCCAUUGAAAUGGCUGCUGCUCAUUUUGACAGUUUUCAACGCACAAGUUUGAACUAAGUACUUGACCUGAUCCUCAGAUCACAAAACGAACAAGAAAUUCUUUCACUUCGGUUGGACUUCGCUCUAAGGGCCGUGCUAGACGUGGAGGUGUCCUCACGUCUGCCACAGGCAUGCUGCUGCCAUUUUAAAGGGAUUUUAAAAUGCUGCAAAGGCCCGGUCAUGAUUGGGCUACAGCAUGGGAGGCUGAAGAAGUCUUGUUCCCCCCCCCUCCACCUGCUCUGGUAAGUGCUGAAACAGCCGCCCCCUCCCAUGAGCCCUCACAGCAUUUUAAAAACACUUUAAAAUGGUAGCAGCAUCCCUGUGAUGGACAUGAGAAUAAUAUCACAUCUAGGGCUGAUUCUGCGCACCUUGGAUAAUGCACUUUCAAUGCACUUUAUCAGUCGUUUGAGGUGGAUUUUUUGUUCCGCACACAAAAAAAUCCGUUCCAAAUGAUCUAUAAAGAGGAUUGGAAGUGCAUUAUCCAACGUGUGCGGAAUCACUCCAGGUUAGCCCUAACUUGCACUCAUUUUCUACAGAUAUCUUAAUAUUACUCAUCUCUUUUAAAAUUGUGCCUACUAGUUAACAUUAUUUGAAAAACACCUGAUCAUCAAUUGCAUCAUUGAAGAAUGUUUUAUUUGAUAGGAAUGUUGAAGUUGCUUUGCCACUGGAUUUAAGUUGAAACUGGCUUCGUCCUAUUUAAGCCUAUGUUUUAGAUACAGCAAUAUUGUUUCAGGUAAAUGUGUUUUGGAUCAAUUUAAAUUGUCUGUGUCCGAGUAUUGAAUAUAGAUAAUUUAAUUUAAUUUUAAAAAACACACAUUUUCAAAGUAACUUCUUUCUGCAUUUCAGCACAGUUAAUUUAGGCACCUCUACAUCCCAAAAUAUUUCCAAACUCAUUUUAAAAAAAAAGUUGGGUGCAUUUUGUGUGUUUUUUUGGUUGGGAGUAGAUUGAUUGCAUUGUUUUGCAGUUUCAAAUAAAAUACUUUGGGGUAAGUCCCAAUCAUGAAAUAAUAAUAUUAUUUCCCCAAAAUUUUAAAAUGCACCUGUAUUUGCCAAAGUGAUUCCAAUCGCCUGAUUUGCUUGCACUUUGUGUUGAUUGGUGAUUUAAUUGCUACAUUUGUUGUAAUAAUGAAAAACCAAUCACUGCUCAUUCAGAGUAAAAUAGUUUUUAAAUGCAUUUUGCAAGCCUGAGAAAGGAUUCGGAGGCAAUGCCGUAAAAGCUGGUGUUAUAUUAAAAACUGAUAUGUAAAGCCA